CAAGGUUGAGUUUCAGAGGUUUCAUAUGGCUGCAGUGCCAGGGCACCACGUCAACAACUCCACGGCCGCUGCCCUGCUGUUGGCCGAAAAAGAAAGGCUCGUGAGCUCCAUCGCGGGACUAUUUCCCGCCGCCGGGAGCGUCCAUGCCGCCACCAUCGCCGCCGUCAGAGACUUCCUCAUCCAUUUCCGCGGCGACGCAGGAAUAAUCCCCUGGGUUCGCAUCUACGAUGCAUUCCCGGCUUGGCAGCAACAAUCAGGGCUCCUGGACGACCAAGAGUGGGACAUGGACGCCGUGCUGGAGAGAGCCAUGGUGAUCUUCACACUCAUCAACCCAGCGGGGCCCGGGAUCAUAAGCAGGAAGGCGUUGGGAGGUGGGACAUGGAAGAGCACGGGUGCCGUCAAGAUAGGGCGCGACGUCGUCCUCACCAAACUCUACUGCAAAAGGGCCAAUUACAAUAUGCCAUGCAGGGCCAGGGACGACGGGUUCACUGGUUUUGAGUUCCAUCUCACCAUGAACCACCAGCCUCAGUUUGCUAUCUGUGUGUUGUAUCCAACGGACUAUCGUCACUGUGUUCGGGAUUUGAGGCAGUACAUCCAUCAGACCAGUUAUGGCCAUCCAUCGAAUCAUUCCUACCGGGAAGCUCCACUGCCUGCACCUUUCGAUGUUAUUUCUGAGCUUCUUUUAUCAGAAAAUAACUCAAUGCCCGAGCCGGUUCGUCUGUUCAUAGUGCUAAUAUCUUAG